CUCGGUUCGGCCUCGCGACCUAGGGCUGUUUUGUAACGGCUUUGAUGUUUACAUACAAGGAGGAAAGUAUGACAUAAUUUGCUGAAGGUUUUUCAUAGUUCAAGAUAAUACAACUUUUUAUCGUUAUGUUGGCUACAAUAAUCAUGUUGACAGUUUAGGAACUAGUCUACAUGUGCGGGCGCAAGGUGAGACUUCGUGGAACGGGAAAAUCGAAGGCUGCGCUAUCCCCGAGACAGUUGAAAACUUAAUAGAAUACUACAGGCGAGGAAAAUGGAUGAUAACAACAAUGACAACGCUCGCUGCAAGUCGUCUGAGGAUAACCACCGCGACUCACCAGUUGACAGCGGGGCAACAGGCGAUGUUGGAGCUGGAGGUCUAGAAGAAGUACAGCUGCAUCUCACGUGCCUACCGGAGCGGUACAUGAUGGCCAAGUUCACUUUAUCAGCCUAUAUGCUCUGCUGGGCAGCGCUGAAACUCUACCAGAGACUACGAUGCACUCCUGCCACUCAAGAGGUGAAACAGACCCAGGAAGCUCUUGAAGACUCGGAGGGACUCAGGAACCCAGAAGGAUUAGGAUUAGAGGUGGAGGACGGGGAUUUGGGUGCCGGUGACUCCCAGGACUGGAGCGAGGACGGGGGGAGGACCAGGGACGGUGGGGUUGACAUUACGUCGUCGGAGGAGUACUUUGACUCGCGGUCGUGGCACAGUGACACGCUGUGUGACACUCUGUCAGACCUGAGCCCGGACAGCAGCGAGGACUCUCUGUCUGCCAUACUGGGGGUGGAGGACGUACGCACGGGAUGGAAGAACAGCAGAUACCACACCGCUGGGGACUGUAGAGCCAGACGCACAGCCGAGAGGAGCCAGCACAGCCACAGCACAGAGAACGCAGAGACUGACGUACGCGGACCCAGCAAAGAGAAACACAACCAGACCUGCACAGAGACAGCACAGAGUCAACUUGGCAACACAGAGAAGAAGCAACACAAUCACAGGACAGAAACACAGCACAGCACAGAGUUGCACAAUCAGCUCAGCACAGUGAUACAUAAGACAGGAGUAACAACCCAGCACAACCAAGGGAAAGUCAGCACAGAGGUUCGUAUCACUGAAAUCACAGGUAAUCAGAAUGCACCAACGUUAGUGCUUCACACAGAGUCACACAAACCGAAUCGCUCAGACAGACACAAAAUCAACAUCGCACAAAGCACAGAAACAUUUGCACAGAGAAACAGCACAGAGGAAACUAGCAGAGAGACACGAUCGCUGAGCAGCACCGAGAAACAGAGCACAGGGUUCGAAAACACAGCUUGCACAGAGAAACAGAGCACAGGGUUCGAAAACACAGCUUGCACAGAGAAACAGAGCACAGGCACUAAAUGCACAGGGAUAUGUAAACAACAUAGCGUAGAUAUACAAAGUAUAGAUCUGCUGUCCACUCUACACAGUGUAGAGAAAGAGAAUUCACAAAUACACAACCGUCACCUAGAGCAGGUAAGCCUUGCCAGCCAGGAUAUAUCUAGAGCCUACGGAGAGGAGACAACCAAUCAACACAGUUCAGAGACACACUGCAUAGACACACACAACACAACAGACACACAGUGUUCGGACAUAUCUGGCAAACACGUGACACUUUGCAGAGAUACACCCAACACACUCAAAGCAGAGACACACUGUAGGCUCGCGCACAACAAUCACAGCUCAGACAUACACUUAUCUGACACACAAAGUGAACUUAUCCCGGAGCAUCCCACAACAGACACGCACAGUACAGAAACACACACCACAGAGACAAUCUAUACGGACACACAACCCACAGAGACAGAGAGGAGUAGCACACGCAACACAGAGACAGAGAGGAGUAGCACACCCAACACAGACACAGAGAGGAGUAGCACACCCUACACAGAGACACACAGCCCAGUGCCACACACUUUAGAAACCACAAGGAACGUCCAUUCAGCCAGUCCAUGUGUGGGUAUCCUCAACGGACCUGUCACAAAGACCCAGCCUCAGGCCUGCCUCGGUGCUACAAAGCUCCACAUUGAGGCAUGCGUAUCAGGUGUCCGCUGCCAGGAAGAGCACGAGGUGUGUGUCACCAACAGGAACUCAGCAGAGCCGACUGAACCGUCAAAUACGGUGAACGGGAUCUGUCCAAUCAUAUCGUCCGUGGAGGCUGGACUUCCUUUAGAGGCGGGACUUACUGUAGACGUGGGACUUCCUGAAGAGGCGGGACUUCCUUACUUGCUAGACGCCCGUGUGCCUAUACCUGUUCCCGACCCGUAUCUCUCACCGUCACUAAACAGGAAGGGGAUCAACCAGUCAGAAUCCCAGUUAGCCUCACCUGUCCUACCUACUGGGCUAGAGAGUGGAGGAAUUACAGAGAUACAACAACGACAACAACAACAAACACAGCACUCCAGUUCACAACCCCAGGAAAAGGAUGCCGUUCAAACCCAGGGCCUAAUCCCUGAGCUCCAGGACCAGGGGGGCUCUAGCCCAGAGACACCCAGGGACAGUGAGCACUCACCUGGGGAGCAUGAGUGGGAUGAGGCCUGGCUGAGGGAAGGCUCCACCUCUGUAGAGCUCAAGCCUGGUUUUGCUCAUCCUCAGUCUGACACUGAGGGGGGCAUUGAGGAAUGCCUACCCUCCAACCCCUACUCCCUCCCCCACAUAGACAGGUCGCUUUGCUCUGACAGCUUAGGGUCAGACGACUCAGAACAUUCCCAGCUGAAGACCUCAGACAGAGAGUACAGAACAGGAUCAACCCAUUCCCUGUCUGUGGAAAGAGAGGAAGAGAAGGAGGAGGAGCGAGAGGAGGAGGAAGAUAGUCAUGUUUACAGUCAGCAGGAGCAGGCAGUAGAAAGCACGUCCUGUCCUUAUUCAGCACAGUCAAACACUGUUAUAGCAGAACUCUCUGACUGUACAGACACUGUUAUAGCAGAACUCUCUGACCGUACAGACACUGUUAUAGCAGAACUCUCUGACCGUACAGACACUGUUAUAGCAGAACUCUCUGACCGUACAGACACUGUUAUAGCAGAACUCUCUGACCGUACAGACACUGUUAUAGCAGAACUCUCUGACCGUACAGACACUGUUAUAGCAGAACUCUCUGACCGUACAGACACUGUUAUAGCAGAACUCUCUGACCAUAGAGAUACUGUUAUAGCAGAACUCUCUGACCAUACAGACACUGUUACAGCAGAACUCUCUGACCAUACAGACACUGUUAUAGCAGAACUCUCUGACCGUACAGACACUGUUACAGCAGAACUCUCUGACCGUACAGACACUGUUACAGCAGAACUCUCUGACCGUACAGACACUGUUACAGCAGAACUCUCUGACCGUACAGACACUGUUACAGCAGAACUCUCUGACCGUACAGACACUGUUAUAGCAGAACUCUCUGACUGUACAGACACUGUUAUAGCAGAACUCUCUGACCGUACAGACACUGUUAUAGCAGAACUCUCUGACCGUACAGUCACUGUUAUAGCAGAACUCUCUGACCGUACAAACACUGUUAUAGCAGAACUCUCUGACUGUACAGACACUGUUAUAGCAGAACUCUCUGACCGUACAGACACUGUUAUAGCAGAACUCUCUGACCGUACAGUCACUGUUAUAGCAGAACUCUCUGACCGUACAAACACUGUUAUAGCAGAACUCUCUGACUCUGACCAUAUUGGGCUGCCAAGCACAGAGGAGACAGAGGAUGCUAUAGUCCCCUUCAGCCCUACAGGAGUCUUCAAAGAGAUCACCAGUGAUCUGCUUGUUGACCUCAGCUCACAGGGUGUGUCUAGUGACAUAGGCCAGGGGUCAACCCAACCUACAGAGACUGAAUCUCUUCAGGGAGACAGCACAGAACCCUCUGCCUUAGAUCAGGAAGCCACGCCGCUGAGGAGGAUAAAGAUUACCCUGGGAACAGACUCUACUGUGUGUAACGACGAGGUCCAGAGUCAGCUGAAGGAGCUAGACAUCCAUCACAGCAUUUCUGGGCCUGAACUCUCUCUCUGCACCGUGCCACCCUCCAUCCUGCCUCUGUCCUGCCUCUCUGACUCCAACAACAACACCAAGGCCAGCGAAGGGUCGGUGUUGGGGUCUCCCUGUACAAGGGGUAAGGGGCCAGAGCAGUGGCCCUCCAAGGUAGAGGUAGCCCCCCAAAGCAGCUCAGAGGAGGGUGGAGAUAAAACCCAUGAUGAGUCCCCUUCCCUGACAGAGCCCUCCACGUUUACCUCUGACCUCCUGGGGGAGACACCAGACAGCCCCCUAGAAUACCCCCCUGAGGACUCUGAGGAGUUCCUGUCCUACCUGGCCUACAAGCACUACUGGAGCAGUGAGGACUCAGCCGUGUCCGGGUUGGGGGACGAGUUUCACUUCAGCUUGGCUGAGGUGGAGGAGCUAGAGAGGCUCCAGGGAGAGGGCCACGGAGACGUCCCUUAUCAGAACCAUACAGACACUGCAGGCUGUAGGAGAGAUAUAUCUAACCAUACAGACACUACAGGCUGUAGGAGAGAUAUCUCACACCAUACAGACACUACAGGCUGUAGGAGAGAUAUAUCUAACCAUACAGACACUACAGGCUGUGGGAGAGAUAUAUCUAACCAUACAGACACUACAGGCUGUGGGAGAGAUAUAUCUAACCAUACAGACACUACAGGCUGUGGGAGAAAUAUAUCUAACCAUACAGACACUACAGGCUGUGGGAGAAAUAUAUCUAACCAUACAGACACUACAGGCUGUGGGAGAGAUAUAUCUAACCAUACAGACACUACAGGCUGUGGGAGAGAUAUAUCUAACCAUACAGACACUACAGGCUAUAGGAGAGAUAUAUCUAAACAUACAGACACUACAGGCUAUAGGAGAGAUAUAUCUAAACAUACAGACACUGCAGGCUGUGGGGAGGUUGUAGAGGGGGUAGUUCAUUCUAAUUGUGCUGCUAACAGUCCUUCAGACCUUUCUGAACCCUUAGCUUCCUACCUGGAGACAAGAGGCCUGCUAUUGGACAGCGCAGAGAAAGAGGAGGUGCAGCAGUCCAGCCCCCACCAAUCCCCUAACCCUCCCUCAGAGGGAGACAGACAGGACUGUAGCAAAUCACCUGGGGCUUUAGGAUUAGAGGACAGUUUGUUUGCUGAGGAGUCCAGCUCGUACAGCACCUACCUCCAGACCAGCUCUCACCCUGCCCUCCUGCAGCAGGAUCGUGGGGUGAGGAUUGUGAGGUACCCCUACUCCGACGUCAGUCUCAACCUGCUCUCUCUCAGUAGCCUCGAGCCCAUCCUAGAGACAGACUCCGACCGCUCCCUGGACAACUCUGGGAUUGUGGAGGAUGUGACUGGAGUAGAGGAGGAGGGGGAGGAGGAGGAGGAGGAAGAAGGGGAGGAGGAGGAGCAAAGACAGAGUUUUAGGAUGAGGCCCACUGAGAAAGACAGGGACAGUGUUGUCCUGUCUGGUGACAUCAUCCUGUCAAACUCCACCUCCGGCCUUGAGAGCCCGUCGUUGUGUCUCCCCGAGGACUCAUCCAGUAUCGAGUCAUCAGAGCACCAACUGGACGCGUUGACCUUUGACCCCGAUGACCUCAGGGUUAUGACCUUACCACACGACAGGGACCAUGCAAGCAGCGAGAGACGCUCCAGUCCAACCCCCACCUCUGUGUCCUACGACUUUGACACCACCAGCACUAACAGUGAGGAGACGGAAGAGUCCAUCCUGCCUGUCUCGGGGGGGAACACCAACCUCCACAAACCCAUGAAGAGCAACUCUAAAGACAGCCAGGCAGGAAGGUCCAAGAGCUCCAAGUUCUCUGUUUUUGCCAAGAUGCCUUCUUUCAGGAAGGGGAAGAGUCUGAAGAAUGCCAAGGAGGAGGACUUGCCCCGGGACUCACCAGACCUGGGCCUGAGCAGGGAUAUGGGGGGAGGACAGGUGGGACAAGGGGGAGACACCUCGGAUGAUGACAAUGUUUUCUUGAAGGGGGACAUCCUGAGCCAGACGGUUCAGCAGCCCUUCUCCUCUGGUCUGGGUGGUCGCUACGAGACAGAGCAGGAGGAUUACAGCUUCUUCCCCUCCACACCGCGCACCCGCCAUGUCCGCCUGCUCUUCAGGGAUGGGCCUGGGGACACCCCCCUGACCUCCCAGCCCGGAGGUCUCAGACACAACCAGCCCGGGCCCCCCGAGGGCCUGCACGGCUACAAGAGGAGCAAGAGCUCUGACAGCCUCAACCUCCGCAUGCGCUUCGCCCAGGCCCACAAGUCCCUGUCCAGCCUGUUUGAGUCUCGCUCCAUGGACAAGGAGAACGAGGAGGAGCAGGUGAACAUUGAGACUGGGAACGAAGGGGAGGUGGGGCGAGCCAAACAGUCCUGGAGGAGGCUAAAGAGAGAGAGGGCCAAGGAGGCAGAGCUGCUGAGGAGGACCCUGUCUGUCCCGGUCGGGGACGGGGUCAAGGGAGAGGACGGUGAGGAUGGGGGUGUGAGGACGCCCAGACAGACCCACAGUGACUAUGCGUCCCGCUCUGCCUCAGUGCUCAGUGUCCCUGGGUCCCCCUCCUCUCUCAGGGCCCUGUGUCUCACCGACCCCCUCACUAAGAGGGGCUUCCAGGACAGUCACAGCGUGGUCGGGGAGAACACCCCACUGGGCUGCAAGUCAGAGGGCCAGAGGAGGAAAGGGAAAGUCCCACCCAACGGCCUGUCAAUCAACUUCUCUGACUCCGGACCGCACUCCUCGGACGACUCUGAAGCCCCACCCACAAACGACUCCAGCCCCCUGUCGCCCAUGAGCCCCGCCUCCCUGGCCACCCUAGCCAAUCAGCUGUCUUGGUCCAGCUCCAGGUCCCCAGGAGGAGCCUAUGAGAGCACAGCGUCUAGCAUGGCAGCAACACCAGACACCCCAGUGAGACCCAUGAGCCCCAAGCCCCACAGCCCCAGACCGGCUGCCCAGCACAGGCCCUUCCGCUACCCCCAAUCUGCCUCAGCCCGGGCCUCAGCCCUGUCCUUGCUCCUCAUGGCUCAGUCAGCCAGUGUAGAGGGCUUGUCUGACCCACCAGAGAAGCCCAAGACCCUGAAGCCCAGAGCGGGGCCGCUAGGCUCCUCCUCCCUCAGUCCAUUGGAGGACAGUGGAGUGGACAGCCAAUCACAGAUCAGCCUGCUUACACCUAUGUCCAUCAACCAGUUUGAGACUCAGGGUGGCUGUAGACCCACCAGCCAGGCAGGAGGAGAGAAGAGGCUAGCAGAGCUUAAGUCCCCUGGGUCUGGACUGGUCACUACUGCCUCAGCCCUCAGACCACCACCAGGCCACAGGCCGAACAGGGAGAGGGACAGGGGUCCAAGACGCCACCGCUGCUCCUCAGAUGACCUGUGGAUCGAAGAGGAGAAGAGACGGAAGCGGAAGCUGGCCCGAGUCGUGAGGGGCAGCCUGGGACAACUCAACACCCACUGUCCUGAAGAUCUGGAGAAAGCACGGGCUCGAGUGUCCCUGUCGACCAUGGAGGAGUUCUCCGGGAUUCCCCUGAAGGCCCACUGCUUCUCCCAGAGCACCCCCAUCGGACUUGACUGUCUGGGCUGGAGACGACGCAUCUCCUACCCCUCGGUGAUAGUACCAGACGGAGGUGGAGAGAAGGCCGGUCUGGGUGAUGAUCUAGGCAGUGAUGAAGACCUGUAUGAAGAGUUCCGCAGCUCCGGACAUCGCUGUGGACACCCAGGGGGAGGUGGAGAACAACUGGCCAUAAAUGAGCUGAUCAGUGAUGGCAGCUGUGUGUACGCCGAGGCCCUGUGGGACCAUGUCACCAUGGACGACCAGGAGCUUGGCUUCAAGGCGGGGGACGUCAUCGAGGUAGUGGAUGCCACCAACAAGGAGUGGUGGUGGGGACGCAUCCUGGACAGUGAGGGCUGGUUCCCAGCUAGCUUUGUUCGGUUGCGUGUGAACCAGGAUGAGCCCAUGGAGGAGUACCUAGCUCAGCUGGAGGAGGCUGGGGCUGGGGAAGUGGACCGGCCAGGGGUGGGUCUGAUCCUGGGACCAGGCCUGCCGUGUAAGGACCAGAUGAGGACUAACGUUAUCAAUGAGAUCAUGAGCACAGAGAGAGACUACAUCAAACACCUCAAAGACAUCUGUGAGGGUUACAUCAAGCAGUGCCGUAAGAGGAUAGACAUGUUCACAGAGGAGCAACUGCGGUGUAUAUUCGGCAACAUCGAAGACAUCUACCGCUUCCAGAAGAAGUUACUGAAAGGUCUGGAGAAGAGGUUCAACAAGGAGCAGCCGCACCUCAGCGAGAUCGGAUCCUGCUUCCUCGAACACCAAACAGACUUCCAGAUCUACUCGGAGUACUGUAACAAUCACCCCAACGCCUGUGUGCAGUUGUCCAGACUGAUGAAGACCAACAAGUACGUGUUCUUCUUCGAGGCCUGUCGUCUGCUGCAGAAGAUGAUUGACAUCUCGCUGGAUGGCUUCCUGCUCACGCCCGUUCAGAAGAUCUGCAAGUACCCUCUGCAGCUGGCCGAGCUACUGAAAUACACCAACCCUCAGCAUAGGGACUAUAAGGACGUGGAGGCUGCCUUGAACGCCAUGAAGAAUGUGGCCAGGCUGAUCAACGAGAGGAAGCGGCGCCUGGAGAACAUCGACAAGAUCGCCCAAUGGCAGAGCUCCAUAGAGGACUGGGAGGGAGAAGACAUCCUCAGUAUGAGUUCGGAUCUGAUCUUCUCUGGAGAGCUGACGAAGAUCUCCCAGCCUCAGGCUAGGAGCCAGCAGCGCAUGUUCUUCCUCUUCGACCACCAGAUGGUCUACUGCAAAAAGGACCUCCUGCGCAGGGACAUGCUGUACUAUAAGGGUCGUAUGGACAUGGACCUGAUGGAGGUGGUGGAUGUGGAGGACGGGAAGGAGAAGGACUUCAACGUGUCGGUGAAGAACGCUCUGAAGCUGCGCUCGCUGGCGGGGGACGAGGUCCACCUGCUGUGUGCCAAGAAGCCUGAGCAGAAACAACGCUGGCUCCGAGCCUUCCAGGAUGAGAGGACGCAGGUGCAGCACGACCUCGAAACAGGAUUCUCCAUCACUGAGGUCCAGAAGAAACAGGCCAUGCUGAACGCCUGCAAAAGCCAUCCAGCUGGGAAGCCCAAAGCGGUGACCCGGCCCUACUAUGACUUCCUGCUGCGUCAGAAGCACCCGUCUCUGCCCAGCACCGUACCCCAGCAGCAGGUCUUCAUGCUGGCUGAGCCCAAACGCAAGGCGACCACCUUUUGGCAGAACAUCGGCAGACUGACGCCUUUCAAGAAGUGAAACGUCGGAGAGGAGGAUUAGAGGAGAAAGGCUAACGCCUGAACUGACUUUUUUAUCCCCAAUCCUUUUUUUUCCUUCUCUCGUUUGUUCUUUGUUAUACAUAAUGUUAUCCUAAUUCAUAUACUGAUUAUUGUGAAAGAUCAACAUGAUGAUGAUGAUAUUUUUUCUUUGAGAAAGCACUUUAUAGGUUGGUUACAAUCAGACUUGGGAAUGGUUCUCCCGGACAUCGUGUAUACGUUGGGAGAAUGUUACUAGGACUAUUUUACCUGCUACUGCUACUACAACUUCAACCAAGCACCGAUUGGUACUAAUAUUACUACUGCUGUGUGAUCAUGUGACUGCCAAUGAGGCUCCUCUUUUUGGAAAGACGUUGACUGACGCAACUAAAUGAUUUUUUCCCCCAGUGUUUUUGUUUUGUUUCGACAAAUGCCAACUGUUCACAGUGCCAGAUCAAUUUUGCUUUUGUAUUUAAGUUUGUGCUGUGUCUGCUAUUGAAAAAAAGGUGAAAAGGGGGGAUAAAGUUUAUUGUACUUCU